AUGUGCUACUGGCUAGAAAGUGGUUUCAAGCCGUGUUUUGAAGAAGCCAAGAGAAGUGGGCUUGUUACAACGGAUGAGCGGUUCUUUCUUUCUUUCUUUCUUUCUUUCUUUCUUUCUUUCUUUCUUUCUUCAGGUUCUUACAUUCUUUCUUUCUUUCUUUCUUUGCGUUCUCUCGUCUCUUCCUUCUUUCUUAUCCUACUUUUCUAUUUCCCUGAUCUUUGUCCCGUUUCUUUCUUUCUUUCUUUCUUUUUGUCCUUACAUCCUUUCUUUCUUUCUUUCUUUCUUUCUUUCUUUCUUUUCAGGUCCUUACAUCCUUUCUUUCUUUCUUUCUUUCUUUCUUUCUUUCUUUCUUUCGGGUCCUUACAUUCUUUCUUUCUUUCUUUCUUUCAGGUCCUUACAUCCUUUCUUUCUUUCUUUCUUUCUUUCUUUCUUUCUUUCUUUCUUUCUUUCAGGUCCUUACAUCCUUUCUUUCUUUCUUCCUUCCUUCUUUCUUUCUUUCAGGUACUUACAUCCUUUCUUUCUUUCUUCUUUCUUUCUUUCUUUCUUCAUUCUUUCUUUCUUUUUCUCAGGUCCUUACAACCUUUAUUUCUUUCUUUCUUUCUUCUUUCUUUCCUUCUUUCACGUCCUUACAUGCUUUCUUUCUCCCUUCCCUCUUUCUUUCUUUCUUUCUUUCAGGUCCUUACAUCCCUUUCUUUCUUUCUUUCUUUCUUUCUUUCUUUCUUUCUUUCUUUCAGGUCCUUACAUUCUUUCUUUCUUUCUUUCUUUCAGGUCCUUACAUUCUUUCUUUCUUUCUUUCUUUCUUUCUUUCUUUUCAGGUCCUUACAUCCUUUCUUUCUUUCUUUCUUUCUUUCAGGUCCUUAUAUUCUUUCUUUCUUUCUUUCAGGUCCUUACAUCCUUUCUUUCUUUCUUUCUUCCUUCUUUCUUUCUUUCAGGUCCUUACAUCCUUUCUUUCUUUCUUUCUUUCUUUCUUUCUUUUUUCUUUCUUUCUUUCAGGUCCUUACAUCCUUUCUUUUUCUUUCUUUCUUUCUUUCUUUCUUUCUUUUCUUUCUUUCUUUCUUUUCUUUCAGGUCCUUACAUUUCUUUCUUUCUUUCUUUCUUUCUUUUCAGGUCCUUACAUCCUUUCUUUCUUUCUUUCUUUCUUUCUUCCUUCUUUCUUUCUUUCAGGUCCUUACAUCCUUUCUUUCUUUCUUUCUUUCUUUCUUUCUUUCUUUCUUCCUUCUUUCUUUCUUUCAGGUCCUUACAUCCUUUCUUUCUUUCUUUCUUUCUUUCUUUCUUUCUUUCUUUCUUUCUUUCUUUCUUUCAGGUCCUUACAUUCUUUCUUUCUUUCUUUCUUUCUUUCUUUCUUUCUUUCAGGUCCUUACAUCCUUUCUUUCUUUCUUUCUUUCUUUCUUUCUUUCUUUCUUUCUUUCUUUGAGGUCCUUACAUUCUUUCUUUCUUUCUUUCAGGUCCUUAUAUUCUUUCUUUCUUUCUUUCUUUCUUUCUUUCUUUCUUUCUUUUCGGGUCCUUACAUCCUUUCUUUCUUUCUUUCUUUCUUUCUUUCUUUCAGGUCCUUACAUUAUUUCUUUCUUUCUUUCUUUCAGGUCCUUACAUCCUUUCUUUCUUUCUUUCUUUCUUUCAGGUCCUUACAUCCUUUCUUUCUUCCUUCCUUCUUUCUUUCUUUCAGGUACUUACAUCCUUUCUUUCUUUCUUCUUUCUUUCUUUCUUUCUUUCUUUCUUCCUUCUUUCUUUCUUUCAGGUCCUUACAUCCUUUCUUUCUUUCUUUCUUUCCUUCCUUCUAUCAGGUCCUUACAUCCUUUCUUUCUUUCUUCCUUCUUUCUUUCUUCCUUCUUUCUUUCUUUCAGCUCCUUACAUCCUUUCUUUCUUUUUACCUUCAUUCUUUCAGUUCCGUACAUUCUUCUUUCUUUCUUUCUUUCUUUCUUUCUUUCUUCAGAUUUAAUUAAUUCUCUUUCCCUUACUAGUACGACACAAGGCCAAGGUCCCUUUCUUUCUUUCCUUCUUCCUUCCUUCCUUCUUUCUUUCUUUCUUUCUUUCUUUCUUUCUUUCUUUCAGAUCCUUACAUCCUUUCUUUGUGACAUGGUUAUUUUAUUUCAGCUGAAAUAA